AUGCGAUCGUUAACCACUUUUCUCAUGUUCGUUACUCUACUCUCCUGCAUUUUGCCCCUGGUUUCAUCUGAAAUUGAUGAAAGUAGACCGGAUGCUGGAAACAUGCUGGAAACUUCCACAGAACCUCACCAUCACCAUCAUCAUAGAACCCACAAAGGGAAAGUUCACCGGCGGAGGCAGCCUGUGUAAGAAAAACGAUCUGAAAACGUCUCUCGAAAAUGUUGAAUUCGAAAUUGCAGGUGCGUGAACGGGAAAGUGAUUGAAGGAGUCUGUGAAUGUGAACUGGAUUAUGUGGGAAAGCAUUGUGAGAAAAAGAAGAAUUGUGAAUCUUAUCGACGCUAUCGAAAUGGAUCGUGAGUGAGAAGUCAGAAACAAAUCCAUUAGUACUGUUUCUAGGUGUCCGGACUGUUUGAAAGGCUACAAGGGUGAAUUCUGUGAGGAAAUCAUUUGCUAUAACGGAACCCCUAACAUGGUUUUUACACCCCUUAGACCUUCUCAGAACUGUUUUCUCUUCCAGCAUCUAACCGAGUGCAACUGUGACGAUCCGUACUCGGGAAAACACUGCAACGAGUUGGAAACUAAAAAGAUCUACAGUUACUACAAUCGCAAGGCAACUUAUUCUACUCAUCACUACUUAUUCGGCUUUCCUCUUUAUUAUAGGUAUUCCUCCUCGGACCACUGGGUGCUAUAUCCCUUAUCCCGAUGUGUGCCAUGUACAUGGUUUGCGAGUACUUUGCAAAGAAACGGCAAGUCAGUUGGCCCCCACCCAAAGUCUGAAGGAUCAGGCGGUGUUACAGGUGAAACGAGUUGGUCUUAUGAUGGAAGGUCAAAACAUCAACGUGGAGAAUCGAACGCUCGAAAAGUUGCUCAACCACAUUUGA